AUGCCCUAUGUUGAAAGCUCCAACGAGGCAAAACCUCAAAGCAUCGUCAAUCACAUUGGACGACUUGGUGCCAAGAUAGUCAAGCCCAUCUCCAACCACCGAAAGCGAAUGAGAAUGCAACGAAAACUACCAGAAAGAUCGUUGACAUCCUCCCAAAAGAACGCUGUGGCAGUAUCCGAAGAUGGUAGCUGCAACAGCGAUGAAAUCUCCUUCUUUGGUGACGAUCAUGAAAACGAGUUGGGACAGGUGGAUAUGGAAGGUAUUUUUGAAACAAUGGACCAAAACGAAUUUCUAAUCGAAUGCUUCGUGACCAACGGGCAAAGCGACGUUGUCUUCUUGGUUAACUUUUUCAACCAAGAAACCUCCAUUUCCAAUGCUAUUGAAGAUGUCUUAUCGAAACGAGUCCUCGAGACGAAAUCCAAGUGCAAAUGCCGGAGGAUCAACUCCAAAAGGGCGCCACUCUUUACAGCUAAGCUGCAAAUCGAUCCCGAACAACCUACUAUUGUUGCAAUCAAGAAUGGCAAGGUCCUGAGCAAAGUCUCGGAUAUUUCAUCGUCGGAAUGCACAGAAGUUGAAAAUUGGUUGGCUAGAACGAGGAUACUUCAAAGCGUUGCACCCAGAGAAACUUUCUCAGGUCUCAUCUAG